UUAAGCCUGUGCUGCCAUCACUCUCCUGCUUAUUAAUUCAGCGGCUCCAUCCUUGCUGCAGUCCACAAGAAGGAGGGCUUUCCCGUUUUUUUUCUCGUCUUGUAGUUGAGGAGCAGCAAUAUUCGACAACAAAGCCCUCCUUCUUUUGUCUUCAUUUGAAGAGAAGGAAUGCAUUUGAGUGCAUCAUUUCUGCCAACGUUGGGAUGUACAGAAAACAGCACAGCUGAUCUGCACAUCGCAUAGGAACGGCUUGCAUCAGGAGAUAAGCCCGGGACACAGGGUUUUUAAGGAAGUGAGGUCUCCAUCAGGCAGCGCACAAGUAUGGAGGCCCCGCUGGUAUGUCUCGAUGAAGAAUUUGAGGACCUCAGACCCUGUCGUAUAGAUGAAGACAGGAUCCAGGGCCCCCUACUGUCAAAUGGGAUGCAUCCAAUCACACGAGAGGAUUUCUCAGAACUGGAGACCUUCUCAGAAAUGAUCAGCUUCAAGUCCAUGGAGGACUUAGUGAAUGAAUUUGAUGAGAAACUCAACGUGUGCUUCCGAAACUAUAACACCAAAACUGAGGUGCUUGCCCCUGUCCGCAACCAGACACAUAUUGAGGAAGAGGAGGAGCUUCUGCAAGAUGAGGAAGUUUGGGACGCUUUAACUGACAACUACAUGCCUUCGACUGGCUCGAGCUGGGAUGACACACAUGACGAAGGCCUCAAUGGAAACCUGUCUGAUCAGGAGAUCCAUGAAAAAGAAGAAGAUGAAGAGAAUGAGAAAAAUGAGAAGAACUGCUGCUUGAAUGAAGAGCCUCUUCUCACAGCCGAUCAGGUUAUUGAAGAAAUUGUAGAGAUGAUGGAGAACUCACCAGACCCAGAGGAAACAGAGGAAGAAGGAGAUGAUGAAGAUGCUUUAGACUCACCACAUCAGUCUGGCCCUUCUCUGCUGGAAGAGAUACGUGCCCUGUCACAGGCUUCCAACAAUAACUGCUCGUAUGAAGGUCUUCAGCUCAUGCCCAACUCGGCUUUGGAGAAGUUACUGAACCGUGUGCAGGAGGCCAUCCGGGAAUUCUCCGAAGAGCUAGUGAAGCAGCUGGCACGGAGAGAUGAGCUGGAGUUUGAGAAGGAGGUCAAAAACACUUUCAUCACAGCCCUCAUCGAGGUGCAGAACCGGCAGAAGGAGCAGCGUGAGCUGACUAAGCGACGACGCAAGGAGAAAGGCUUGAGUCUGCAGAGUGGGACUCGCUCCGAGAAGGGCAGCACCAUGCCUAUCAAGCGCUUCAGCAUGGAGGGCAUCUCCACCAUAUUACAGACGGGCAUCAGACAGACCUUCGGAAACUCAGGGACUGAUAAACAGUAUCUGAAUACAGUAAUUCCCUUUGAAAAGAAAGCUACUCCACCUUCAGUGGAAGACCUUCAGAUGCUCACCAAAAUUCUUUAUGCAAUGAAAGAAGACAGUGAGAAGGUCCCAACUUUGCUGACAGACUACAUUCUGAAAGUUCUCUGCCCUACCUAAAUGGUUGGAAGCCAUCUUUCUGAAGACUGCGGCCUGCCUGAAGUGAGAUCCCUCAACCUUCAGUCAUAACUGCAUGUUCACUUCUAUUUAACAAACAGCCUAUCAUUGUAUGUACAUCAUCGAGAUCUCCAAUAAAAUCUUUGCUGAUA